AGAGGGGAAAAACCAGUAUGAAAAGGCUUUUGGAGUCAGCUCUCAAGACCUGUUUCAAGCUCUCUACAGGUCGGACGAGGAAAUGGUGAAGUUUAUGCACUUAAUGAACUCCAUCUGGAACAUCUGUGGUAAAGACGUGGUCACGGCCUUCGACCUUUCGCCUUUUAAGGUCAUCUGCGACCUUGGAGGCUGCAGUGGAGCAUUAGCUAAGCAGUGCACGUCAGCCUACCCAGAAUGCACUGUGACGAUCUUUGACCUCCCCAAGGUGGUGCGUGUGUCGAGGGAACACUUUGUGAGUGAGGCUGACCAGAGGAUAAGCUUCCAUGAGGGGGACUUCUUCAAAGACCAUCUGCCAGAGGCUGACCUCUAUAUUCUUGCCAGAAUCCUCCACGACUGGACAGACGAACGCUGCAUAGAGCUGCUCCGCAGAAUCUAUAAAGCCUGCAAACCAGGGGGCGCUGUGCUGUUGGUGGAGGCGCUGCUCAACGAGGACGGUUCUGGCCCGCUGACAGCACAGCUCUACUCUCUGAACAUGCUGGUGCAGACGGAGGGCAGAGAGAGGACAGAUGUUCAGUACGCUGCCCUGCUGGCUGCAGCCGGCUUCACCAACAUCCAGCACUGCCUCACUGGGAAGAUCUAUGACGCUGUGCUGGGCCACAAGGAGACAUGAAAGAUCAGGAGACGUGCAUCGUAUGCUCACGACUAAACACCACCUAGAAAACAUGUUGUACUUUUAUUUCCCAGUAUCACCUUAAGUUUCUUAAAGUUAAGCAAAACACACUAAAUCAAUGUGACUUA